UGCGAGUCCUCGCAAUUUUUGGAUACUCAUAAAGUUUCAGAAAAAAGGUUUUGUCGCAAAAGGAAGAAAUGAACAAGACAGCCGCAAUAGUUCUCCUUUGUACUCUUUUGGUGAUCCUUGAGUUGUAUUCUGUCGUUAGUUUCAAGGCGAACGAGGCGCAAUUUAAAAUGCGUAUAAAUGAAAGAGGAACUCGUUUUACUGAGAAGAUCCGAGUCAAUGAAAUCGAGAAUACCAUUUUAUUCACGGUACCAAAGCACAACAACGUGAAUCGUUCUGAAGUGCUGAACGACUUCAAACUGGGCUUAACAAUCACCCGCGUACCUGACGUUGGUAUGUGUCACAUCAAACCACUGGAGAAAAACCUGCCAAAUCCUGGAAAAUUGAAAGCUGACAUGAAUUUUAUAAAGCAUUUCAACAUCUCUGGCGGAAAACCUGUCGUGUCGACGAGUUCUUCUAAAUGGACCAUUGAUCGGCAACUAGAAACUAAGUAUUUGAAACCUUCCGUAGCAAAAUUCUGUGGUGAUCUGCCUGUUUAUAGUCUGAAAGAAAUAACCGAAAAUGGUCUGGAGGUUAUGCAAGGAAAUGACACUGGAAGCAGGAGACAGCGCCGCGGCUUGACCAUUCAAUUAUGCCCAGAAGCCCUAUCAGGUGUGAAAAAUCAGAAAAUGAUUUGUAAUCCUAACCAUUGGAUAUGGAAUUGCAAGUUUGAUGUAGCUGGGACCUGCGUCUAUUUUAUGAAGUGCAAAGUCCCGGCGGAAUUUAUCAAAAAUAACAUUACGAACUGUGAAUUUACGCACCGAUGGAAUUCAGUUAUGUGUUGUAUUCCUAUCUGCUCUUCCGGCGUAGUAACACGGCAGAACUAAUGAGUAACAAUUUAGUGUUAGUAACUAUAAUGUUAUUGAAAUGAAGAAAUAAAG